AUGGCUGCGUCUUUCGUCCGCAACGGUAAAAAGGCAAGCACUGCUCCUCGUUACUGUUUGCAGUUUGGUAACAGCGAACACCCUCAGAUCAUCGGCAUCAGCACCAACUACGAGACCUACAUCAAGGGCCGCCUGCGUCCUGUGGAGCCUGUCUUUUUCUUGAAGCCAACGACGAGCUAUCUCCUGUCGGGCGGGAAGGUGGAGAUCCCCGCCGGCGUCAUCGCCCACCACGAAGUCGAGCUCGGUGUGGUCAUCGGAAAGAGGGCGCGUGCAAUCUCAAAGGCAGAGGCGGAGGCGCAUGUCGCUGGCUAUGCUCUUGCGGUCGACAUGAGUGCGCGCAACGUUCAGCAUCUCGCCAAGAAACAAGGGCUACCGUGGAGCGCCGCAAAAGGAUUCGACUCGUUCCUCCCUAUUGGACCGUUCAUCCCCAAAGAUCACAUUCCCGAUCCGCACAACGUCAUGCUGACACUGCAGCUCAAUGGCGCAUUCAGACAGAACGGCUCAACCUCCACCAUGAUCUUCCGAAUCCCGCGUCUCAUCGAACACGUCUCGUCCAUAAUGACACUCGAGGAAGGCGAUCUUAUUCUCACAGGCACACCAGACGGCGUCGGGCCUGUCAAUCCUGGUGAUAACAUCCAGUGCACCCUUCUCGACUCUACAGGAAGAGAGCUCAGCAGACUUGCCUUUGAUGCAGUUGCUAGGGAGGGUGGAUAUAAGUUUAGUGCAGACAGAGUCUGA